GGGUGCUGCAUGAGGGGCCGAAAGGGUGACCGCAUGACCAUCAACAUCCGGGAGCACAUGGCUAUCAAUGUGUGCCCCGGACCCAUCCGGCCCAUCCGCCAGAUCUCGGACUACUUUCCCCGCAGGGGAACAGGACCAGAAAGUGGGGGUGGAGGCUGCGGGGAGGCUCCUGCUGGCCUGGUGCCCCUGGCCCUGGCCCCCCCUGUGGCUCUCCUUGGGCCCACCACGCCUGAGGAUGGAGCUGAGAUCGACAACUAUGACUCAGAUGAAACCACCGCCUUGGGCAUGUUGGAGUUUGAUCUUCUCUAUGACCAGGCCUCCUGCACGCUGCAUUGUCGUAUCCUCAGGGCCAAGGGCCUCAAGCCCAUGGAUUUCAAUGGCCUAGCCGACCCCUACGUCAAGCUGCACCUCUUACCUGGAGCCUGCAAGGCCAAUAAGCUCAAAACCAAGACUCAGAGGAACACUCUGAAUCCCGUAUGGAACGAGGACCUGACCUACAGUGGGAUCACGGAUGAGGACAUUACCCAUAAGGUGCUCAGGAUCUCCGUCUGUGAUGAGGACAAGCUGAGCCACAAUGAGUUCAUCGGGGAGACCCGGGUGCCCCUCCGCCGCCUCAAGCCUUCCCAGAAGAAACACUUUAAUAUCUGCCUUGAGCGCCAGGUCCCGUUGGCCUCACCCUCUUCCAUGUCGGCAGCACUGCGAGGCAUCUCCUGCUACCUGAAGGAGCUGGAACAGGUGGAGCAGGGCCCUGGGCUGCUGGAGGAGCGUGGCCGCAUCCUGUUGACCCUUAGCUACAUCUCUUGUCGCCGGGGGCUGUUGGUGGGCAUUGUGCGCUGUGCCCACCUGGCUGCCAUGGACGUCAAUGGCUACUCAGACCCCUACGUCAAGACGUACCUAAGGCCAGACGUGGAUAAGAAAUCCAAGCAUAAAACAUGCGUGAAGAAGAAAACCCUAAACCCGGAGUUUAAUGAGGAGUUUUUCUAUGAGAUGGAACUCUCUGCUCUAGCCACCAAGACUCUGGAGGUCACAGUGUGGGAUUACGACAUUGGCAAAUCCAACGACUUCAUUGGUGGCGUGUCCCUGGGGCCAGGCGCCCGGGGGGAGGCCCGCAAACAUUGGGGUGACUGCCUACAGCAGCCGGAUGCAGUCUUAGAGCGCUGGCACACCUUGACCAGCGAGCUGCCCCCUGCAGCUGGGGCCUUGCCCUCAGCUUGA